CUGCCUCCCGAGUGCUGGGAUUAAAGGCGUGCGCCACCACCGCCCGGCGAUAGUAUUUUCUUGUAAACCAAAAUAGCCAAGACAGCACUAACCAACAGAACCACACCCACUCUACAGAUCGCCUGUCCUCCCCUGAAGAUCUCUUAACCGCCUGGCCCUGGGAUGGCUGGGUCAGGUCCACAUACUGAUUUGUUCAGCUAAAUUCUGUGGAAAGCCAGGUACCUGCUGGAACUAAGGGGUGAGAUGGCCUCCAUCCUGCGAAGCCCUCAGGCUCUCCAGCUCACGCUAGCCCUGAUCAAGCCUGAUGCGGUUGCCCACCCGCUGAUUCUGGAGGCUGUACAUGAGCAGAUUCUGAGCAACAAGUUCCUCAUUGUGCGGACGCGAGAACUACAGUGGAGAAAGGAAGACUGCCGCAGGUUCUACCGAGAGCACGAAGGGCGUUUUUUCUAUCAGCGGCUGGUGGAGUUCAUGGCCAGUGGGCCAAUCCGAGCCUACAUCCUUGCCCACAAAGAUGCCAUCCAGCUUUGGAGGACACUGAUGGGGCCCACCAGAGUAUUUCGAGCACGCCACAUGGCUCCGGAUUCAAUUCGUGGGAGUUUGGGCCUCACUGACACCCGAAACACUACCCAUGGCUCAGACUCUGUGGUUUCCGCCAGCAGAGAGAUCGCAGCUUUCUUCCCCGACUUCAGUGAACAGCGCUGGUAUGAAGAGGAGGAGCCCCAGCUGCGCUGUGGUCCUGUGCGGUACAGUCCAGAGGAAGGGAUCCACUGUGCGCUGGGACGGGAGACCCUGAACCAGCCUAGUAAAGUCCUGUCAGUCCCUGAGGGGAAUCGUGGGCUGAAAACACUGUCUCUGUUGGACCCCAUCACCUGUCCAAAGACCUAGCAUAUCACUGCUCAGCUUCUGCAAUCUAGUUCUCGCUACCUCUUCUAUGGACCAUUCACGGGUAUUUAGGAAGGUCGGUGACUCCUCUUUUGUGUGUGUGUGUGUGUGUGUGUGUGUGUGUGUGUGUGUGU